CAAAGCCACAGUCGUCAGUCUGUCAUUUCAUCCCUACUCGAUGUCGAGGACAGGCAAGAGUCAGCAAGCCGUCAUCAGGACCCAAGACCCAUCGUCAACCGCUGCUGCAGAUCAUCCUGGUCCACGUGGAGACGGGCCAUCUUGCAGCAUGCAACAGGUCUUUCAAAGUCGGCCAACCGGACCCUCGGACCACGACAUAUUUCGGUCUGAGAUGACACCUAUUGUUCCCUACCGAUAGCCUCAGCCCACGUCCAAUGAAUACCAGCAGGAAAAUCCCCUCGAAUCGUUGCUCCUUUGAGCUCACACCCUGAUCCAGGCACACGAGACAUGUGGACCAGACGCCGAAGCCACCAGAGGGCAAGCGCUUGGAGUAAUUCGCAGCCCCGAGCUGCGGUGGUUUCCGUCAUGGGUAGCACGGUGUUCGAGGUCGUAAGAUCUGACCCCAACCUCCGCUGAAGAGAUCCACGGGCCGGCCAGGUUUGCAUGAGUUACACAGAGACAACGCACCAUCCAAUGCUUAGCCCAGUGGUCAGAUGUAGGAAAAAAGGACUUGAAUCCCGAUCACGCUGCACAACCGGCUUGGCGUCAGCGAGAGCCAAGCCCAAGCACACACAUGCACUUCAUCCCCAUGACGCUCAGACACACCACCGACUUGGCGAGUAACCGCGAAGCAUUCAGAAGCACAGCCGGAAUCACGACAGGCUUCCAAUCUUUAUACACACCUGGUCUACAUCCUCAGCAUCUUCCUCUGCUGAUCGAUGCCGCCGCGGAACAUGUCAGCAAUGACACGCCCCCCCAGGAUGGUCUCCUUGACGAUGCCCUCGACGUGCCGCGGCUCCACGCGCCCGUACCAGAUGCCCCUGCCCGCAAGGCCAUGCUCGGUGCCGUCCUGCGCCCUCAUACCCGGCGGCACGUAGACGAUGACGUUGCCGGCAAACUUGUGGCCGCCAAUAUGGCUGAUGAGGCCGACCCGCGCCGCCGCCGCACCCCUCUGUGGCGCCCCCUCGCCGCCGUCGCGCGCAGUGGCCCCCUCCUCGAGCCUCCGCCCCUGGUUCUCCUCGACGUCGCCCUCGACCUCCCCCUUCAGGACAGACACGCCGGCCGCGUCGAGCUGCGUCUCGAAUUCGCUGCGCAGCACGGGCCCCGUGAUGCCACACCGCGCAUCCCGCCCGCCAUGGCCGCAGAUGAGCACGAGGACGUCCUGCACGUCCUGCACGCCGUACAGCAUCUCGCGGUAGGCCUCCUUCCGCAGCAGGCGGUCCCGGUGCACCGGCGACAGGCCGUCGUGCACGGGAUGCAGGGCCUCGGGCAGGAGGUAGCCCUUGGCCAGCGCCUGGACGCUCUCAAAGGACACGCGCGGCAGGAAGGGCACAUACUUGAAGCUGGGGAGCAGGUAGGCCGACGUGGUCUGCAGCUCGGCCCUGCGGCGGGGCGUUGA